UCACAGAGAUAGUGAGUGUCGGGGCUCCAGGUCCAGGAAGGAACAGGCAGUCUCUGGAACAGUUUACCCAGGCUAUGGACUGCAUAUUUCGUGUUGCUCUUGGCGGAGCGGCGGGGGUCGGGCUGCUGGGAGCCUCUCUCUGCCCUCUCCUCUCUGCUUCAUGUCCUCUUCUCCUCCUCUGAGGGCAGCGGAGGAACUUUACCGGCAGCUCCGGAGCAGCUCGGCCGGCCGGGAGUCUCAGGCUGUCGCGGUGUGUUUGAGGGAGGCGGGCGGGGGGGAGGAAAUGCGAAGCAGACCGCUGGUGACCUGAACUUCCUUCCCUCCUGGCUGUUUCAGUCAGGACCUUGCCCAUUCAGCAUAAUGCUCCCGUUCUCCACCCGCAGAAAACCAAGUAAGAGCAGUCCGAAGCCGCGGCGGGAGCUGGGGGCGGACGCAGCGGACAUAAUGCGGACUUUGUGCCCGGUCUGAGCGCAGCAGUCUGCGGAUACGAGCUGACCGGCUGGAUGUUCAGCAGCAAGACUUUGUGCUUUUCUGAAGGUUUCUGGAUCCAAAUGUCGAGUCUGAGAGAAGCUUUAUCGUUGUGGAGCCAGCAGUGUGUGACGUGAAAGGAAGGGAAGCGAGGACGAGGGCGUCCAGCGAUAACAGUCCAGUGUGCUGUACAUGGCUCUGUCAGCAUCAAGUGCCGUGAAGAGAGCUCUACCCGGUGGUAAAACAGAAGAGAGGUUGAAAAUGUGAUGGACUUCACUAAUGUCUCCCAACUCAAUUAUGGACAGUGGCUGGCAAAGGAAUCAUAGUGCUUAAUUAGACCAUUGCUCUUGUGUUGGGAGACUUAGGACAACUAAUUACCAAGGGAUUACUCAAGACCUUCUUCAGCACCAACCAGGGCAUGGUUGUGUUAUUAAGCAAGCAGCCAGAAUCCAAUGACUGUUCUGUUGGAUUGUUCACAUCCUAAUUUCUUAUCAGUUUUUUUCCUCUGAUUUGGUGUCUGUAUUUUUGUCUGAUCUGUUUGAAAUGGAGAUACAGUGGCGUUUAUGGAAUAAGGACUGGGCCUCCUUUAUACGGCCGUGGAUACCUAUACUGUUAGGCCUUCACCUCCAGUUCUCCCGGGCCUCCAACUGUCCUGAGGAGUGCCGCUGUGAUCGCACCUUUGUUUACUGCAACGAGCGGAGCCUGACCUCAGUGCCUCUGGGAAUCGGUGAGGGUUACAAGACUCUUUACCUCCACAACAACCAAAUCAACAAUGCUGGUUUUCCCCUAGAGCUCCAUCACAUUGCUUCUGUGGAAACUGUGUUUCUGUAUGGCAACCAGCUGGAUGAGUUCCCCAUCAACCUGCCCAAAAAUGUAAGGGUUCUCCAUCUGCAGGAGAACAACAUUCAGACCAUCUCCAGAGCAGCUCUGGCUCAGCUUCUCUGGCUGGAGGAGCUGCAUUUAGAUGAUAACUCCAUUUCUACUGUGGGGGUGGAGGAAGGGGCCUUCCGUGAGGCAGUUAGCUUAAAAAUGCUCUUUCUCACCAAAAACCACCUGAGCAGUGUGCCUAUUGGUCUUCCGGAUGAUCUGAAAGAGUUGCGAUUGGAUGAGAACCGGAUUGCGGUCAUAGCAGAGGAAGCAUUUAGGAACAUCACUCGCCUGCAGCGCCUCCUGUUGGAUGGGAACCUGUUGACAGAUGAAGGGAUCGCACCAGGGACCUUUCAAGACCUGGUCACCCUGAGGGAGCUGUCCCUGGCCCGCAACUCACUCACUCACCCUCCCCCAUACCUCCCUGGGGACGUGCUUGUCAAAUUAAACUUUCAGGAAAAUCAGAUAAAUAGAAUCCCUGCCAGGGCAUUCGCAGGGUUGCACAAGCUGGAGAGGCUGGAUAUUUCUAACAACCAGCUGCAGUCGCUGACAGAGGGGGUCUUUGACGAUCUCGUCAGUCUCAGACAGCUCACUGUUCGGAACAAUCUUUGGCUGUGUGACUGCAGCAUCAAAUGGGUUGCGUCGUGGCUCAAAUCCCUGCCGGCCUCCCUCAAUGUGCGUGGCUUUAUGUGCCAUAAACCUGAAAAGUUCCGGGGCAUGGUGAUCAGAGAGCUGAGUGCUGAGCUGGUCCAAUGCCCGCAGAGCACAGUGACAGCACAUCUGCCUACCUCACCAUCUGAUAUUGCUCUGAUCCCAUCCCUGUCAUCUUCCACAGACUCCCCCCAAUUCCCUCACUAUGUUUCCUCCUCCUCCUCCAGACAUCCCGUCUCCACAUUACCCACCCUCUUCCCUGUCUACUCAACCAGAGAGGCGGGGCUAAGGACUAAGCAACCUCUGGACCCCAGGAGGGAGACUUUGCAGGUCAGCUUUGCCCUACUAAAUGGCUCUGCUAUCCACGUCAGCUGGGUGGCAGCCUUUCCAGUCACUGCCUACAAGGUGACCUGGGCCAGGAUGGGCCCAAGUCUGACAGGGGACACUGUCAGGGAGAGGAUAGUGGGUGGGGAUCAUCGAGGGAUCCGACUGGCUAAUCUUGAGCCAAAGUCCACCUAUCGGAUCUGUGUCAUUCCCUUGGAUGCAUUCAAUAAUUACCGUCCCAAAGAUGAUACUGUGUGCACUGAGGCCAUGACGACAGCGGCCUCUUUCAGUCCUGACAACAAUAAAAGACCGUCAGGGCCUGAGCAGGCCACACAACAGGAACCCAGCUCGCAUUUCUUGCUGGCUGGGCUGAUUGGCGGGGCUGUGAUUGUGGUACUGGUGGCACUCCUCAGCAUCUUCUGCUGGCACAUGCACAAAAAAAGCCGCUCCAAGUCCUCCACCAAGUGGAAAUACAACCGGGGUCGGAGAAAAGAUGACUAUUGCGAGGCAGGCACCAAGAAAGAUAAUUCCAUCCUGGAAAUGACUGAGACUAGCUUCCAGAUAGUCUCACUUAACAACGAACAGCUCCUCAAGGGAGAUUUCCGCAUUCAGCCUAUUUACACCCCUAAUGGAGGCGUCGGCUUUAGAGACUUCCCCCUGGAGAACAACAGCACAGUCUACUGCAAGAACAAUGUUCAGGAUGCAGACUUUUGUGGCACAUGAUGGUUUCGGAAAGCACCAGGAGCUUUUUUACUGACAUCUACCCACAUUUUACUGGACACUGUACAGUGUUAAUAUUAUUUGAAACCCCUGUGUCUUCAAGAAAUGUAAUUUAUACAACUAACUGGAUGAUAUCUUUUAUAUAACAAUGGAUUUAUAAGUUAUUGGUUUCUGGAGUUGUGUUGUUUGAGUUCUGUGCACACAGACAUGUACAAUCAGGAUUCAUUUAUUUCUAAGUAUUAAGGCUGGGCUUUAUUUUGAUUUUCAGUAAUAUUGAAUGAUUUUGAAGUCAUUGUAUACUAUAACUACAACAGAUACAGAAUCCACACUGUAGCUGCAGUGCAUCCUAACAGUACUAAAAGCAGGUGGUAGAAUUCUGUAUGUGGAGAAAAGAGACAGGCACAAACCAGCUACAUUCACCAGUAGAGGGCAUAGUUUUCUGGAAAGCACACAGUCCACCACUCUUCCUGUGUGUUUUUAAUCAAGUCAUUGCAGUUAUGUGGCACAUUUGUUUAAUUGCCAUGACAGUCAAUAGAGAUGCAAAUUAUUGGAUUCCUGCUCUUGAAAGAGGACAUAUUUUUAUGCAAAUGUGAUUUCUCUCUGCUUCAAAACGAAAUUUAAAGGUCACCCUUAUUAAACAUUCACAGAAAAUGGCAGGCCGCAGCGCUUUCACCUGCUUUUCAAGAUUAAUACAUUAUCACAGUUAAGAGGUCAUGUUAUUAAUGCUGGCUGUGCCUGAUGGUGGGUGUCACAAAGUGAGCUGCAAAAAAGCACAUCUGCCAUCUGCUGUAUGUUUAACCCAUGAAGAACCAACUCUUUCCUUUUGUUCAGCAAAAAUAAUG